UGGGUAACAUGCUUAUCUUUAAACCUUUCUGUUUUUAAAUCCUGUGUGUCUGGUCCCUUCAUACUAAAGUGUAUUUUGCUUGUUUCUUCCCGUCGUCUUCAGUCUGAAGCCUUAUGUAGGUCAGGCUUGGCUUAAGCAGAUUUCCUGAACCUGCGUCAGCUUAAGCUGAAGGAAUUUUAAUAAACCCUCCCUUGUAGGCGUGGGCCUAAAUGAGACUAGCCUAGUUAAGCCUGAUCUUUUUCUGUUUGUGAAAAAGAGCUGAGCAGAGCUAGGGACUGCAUGGUGGUUUCAAAAACUGCCUCCUUAAUUCAGAGAUAACAAUGGUUGGGAAGGCCAGAUCUUCUAAUUUUACCUUAUCUGAAAAGCUUGAUUUGCUAAAACUUGUGAAGCCGUAUGUUAAAAUUCUUGAAGAACAUACCAAUAAGCAUUCAGUAAUAGUGGAAAAAAACAAAUGCUGGGAUAUCAUAGCCGAUAACUACAAUGCCAUCGGAGUAGAUCGUCCUCCUCGUACUGCACAGGGCCUGCGCACGCUGUACAAGAGGCUCAAAGAAUAUGCCAAACAGGAGCUAUUGCAGCAAAAGGAGACCCAUUCAGAUUAUAAAAGCAGCAUUUCUGAGCCAACCAAGAAAGUUGUGGAGAUGAUUCCACAGAUUUCCAGUGUGUGUUUAAGAGACAGGAGCAGUUUUCAAAGUGCUAACAUAGAUAAAGAAACAGUUGCUGGUACCAGUUCCCCACAAGCAGUGUUGGAUCACCAUCCUGCGACUGUCACAAUGGAGUUGGAACCAGAAGAGGAUGUCAAACCUCCUCCUUCCUUGGCUGUAGAUUCACAGCAGAGUGAGGACUUAGAACAAGGAGAAGAACACCAAUUGGUGCAUGUUAUGGAGAGAUCUCCUUCAACUUCACUGUCUUCUGUUGAUAUGAGAAUGAUGUUAUCUUCAUCUCCCAUUCCAAGAAGAGAUGAUUUUUUUAGGCUUGAGGUUGGAGAACGCUUUAGGCCAGCGUGUGGGUAUGAGCCACAGAUGUUGCAAAUGCUGAAAGAGGAGCAUCAGAUAAUCUUGGAAAAUCAAAGAAAAAUUGGGCUUUACGUCCAAGAAAAGAGGGAUGGCUUGAAAAGAAAGCAGCAGCUGGAAGAAGAGCUACUGAAAGCAAAAAUCAAAGUAGAGAAGCUGAAGGCAAUAAGACUACGACGUGAUCUGCCAGAAUACAAUAGUCUUUAAAUAUUUAUCAUCUCUGUCAUGUAAUCUGAGAUGUUUUAUUCUCUGAGAUACUUUAUGAUAAAUUCUUUUGGCCUAGCAAAAUGAUUUUUUUAUGUUAAUUUGGAUGGAUCAGAAUCUAGCCUUGAAAAACGAAUGCAUGUUUUCCAUUUUGUUGUUUAUGUACAUUAGCAAAAAUGUCAAAUGUCUUUCACAGGUUUGAGUCUUCUCAAUAUUUCUAGUCUGAAGUAUAAGCAGAUACUGUAGUUCUAAGUGUGUAAGAUAAAAAACUGCCUUUGGAAAUCUUCCACUGAACUUUUAGACCUGGAACAAGCUAAUGAAAAUUUAGACAGGUGUUCUUAAAGAUGUUGAUUUUAUGCUUUAUUCUUUUUUCAAAGCAAUUCCUAGCCUUUUUAGUAUUCUUUAUGAAGUUAUUUGAAGGUUAAUAAAUGCGUAUAUAUAGAGAGAAAUAAAGGCCAUGUUUCUUUAUAUAUCUUUUUCACUCAUUUUAAAUUAGUAAAGCCUAUGGCAAUGGUGAGAUUUUGCUAAUGUGUUAUAUUAGCUUGGAGAACAUAGGAAACUGACUGGAUUGUUUUAUUUUUUAUUCUCAACUGAGGAAAGGUUGAGUAAAUGCACAUAUCUUUUUAAAAUUUAACACUUUUUAUAUUCGGUGGAUGAAAGUUUAUGUAAGAAUUUCAAAAUAGAGAUGCUGAAGGCAACAUUUAAAUUUUCAGGACUACAUGUAUGCAUAAUUUGUGUGCACAGUUACUGUGAUUGUGUAUUCAAUUGUGGUAAUUACACUGGCAAGUGACUAGGAAGAUAUAUAAUUUGUUCAUUUCCAUGCAUAAUUACUAUGAUACAUGUGCAACCAAGAUAGAUGCUGGUGCAUUUGGAUCAACAUCACUGUUAUGCUAUAGCUACCAAAAUGCAAUAGUUUUCUCUACAUAAAUAAUUUGUGACCCAAAAUCCAAGUAAGAUCCUUUAUUAUCUAGGAUAAUUUUUGUGAAUGGUAUGACUUUUUUGAUUUUAUUUACAAAUAAAAAUCCCAAAUAUAUAAAAAAAAAUCCAUUCCCCUAUCCUUCCUAACAACAUCUGAAGGUUGCAGGAUUGCAUAGGUUUAAUUAAGGGCUUAACUGAGCCUAAAGAACCUUUAUUUGUGGUGCUGUUAUGAGAGAUGGAGAGAAACCAACUUGACUGUCAGAACCCAGGAUGAGCUUGUGGAGUUACGCGGGGGAGCAGGGGGGUGGAGUGGGUGGGAAAGUGAGAGGAAACAAAUUUUUUACUUGUAACCUGAGGAAAUUGGAAAUUGAAAUCACUGAGAUUCAAUGAAUAUGGACUUCCACAACCCUUCUUCCCCCUCUACCCCCCCCAAUCACUUUAGGAUAGAGCAGCAUUUUAAGGCCACAUCUAAACUCUCACUUAUGUUGGCAAAACUUACGUCGCUCAGGAAAAAACACCCCCCGAGUGACAUAAAUUUUGUGAGCGUAAGUGCUCAUGUAUAUAGCGCUGUGUCCCUGUUCAUUUAGGUGGUUUUAUUAUAUUGAACGGAGAGAGCUUGUG